AGAUUAGGCAACCACCAGUGGCAGCCUAAAAGUAGGCUUGGCUUAAAUUCCGCGGUCGCAAAGUUGAGUUCCUCGACUUGCUCCAGAAUGCAAAUCAAGUCUUGACAUGCAUUUCCACCAACUUUUCUCUCUGAUUACAUCGACCUUAAUCACAGCAGCAGCUGGCGGACAAAGUCUCCUUCCCGAGCAGCUGUUCCUCGAUUUGCCCGUUGCGGAGGUGCUCAAUCGAACUGCCUGGGACUCGGUGGAACCAUGCACCACCGAGUACUGCACGGCCAUUGCAGAGCAGCGAUACGGAGAUGCCAUCUAUGCCCGAUACAACAUCUAUGGGGACACCAAGGACGGCAUGUUGACGUUGUGGGACUGCACUGAUGAAGGGCGGUACCGUGAAUGGAACAUCACUGUGUAUGAGCAGAUCAUGGAGGAUGCGCGAGGGUAUUACGAUGGGCACCCGGACCUUUACCAAGAAGCGCUGGAGUUCUAUAGCAGCAACAGUCCCAACGACUCGCGGGGAGACAUCAUCGAAGCGCUGAACAAUGUAAUGAACAAUGGGUCAGACUUCUAGCCGCUCACGAGUUCCAUUCAUUCCACUCGCUAUCGGAUAUUUGCAACUACUCGAUCAUGUUCGUCUAUAUGUCGGAAAGAACUAAUUGGUAUGCAGUUUGACAGGGAGCAGGCCACGCUAGAAGGUUAAGAUGAUUGUUCUGGCAAAUAAUGUAUAUUGCGACACCACGUCCCUUGUGACACCAAGCCCUUUGUAUCUAGUUUUCUACACACUAUCAUGAAACGAGGUAUAGAUAGAUCACCAGUAUACUCCGUAGCAUCGAAACCGAGAUGAGCCACGUGCACGGACCAAUUAUUUCCUCAUUGGGAAGGCUCUUCCGGUGGGGAAAACUGCUCCACUCGGCAAC